UCUCUCUCUACACUCAUUAAAAUUUUUUGGAGGACAGACAAUCCUUUUAAUUAUUUUGAACAAUUGUAAAAUAAAUAAAUAAAUUGUUUUUCAACCAAUCAUCAGUAAAAAAUAAUUAAAAAUUGAUGAUAUAUUAAGGACAAAUAAAAUGUUAAAUAAAAGUAAGGUUAACAAUUUAACCAAUCAAUUGUUAUCAUUGAGUGUUGUGUUUUGAAUUUAUUGUUGACAUUUUUAUUAAAUCUAUUAAUUAAAUAAUAAAUAUUACAUGAUUUAAUAAUGAAGAGACACCAGAGAAAGCCUGUUUUAGAUUUAAAUUCUGAUUCAUCACGUAAAAAACAAAAUAAAUAUCAUCAAAAUAAUGAACAAAUAUUAAAUCAUGAUAAUGGAACAAUUCCAAGUAAUCCACUGUCAAAUUUGUUAGAACAAUAUAAUUCUGAUAGUGAUGGUGAUGAAGACAGCAAGCAUAAUGUAACAGAUAAUUCUGGUCGACAACUUGAUAAAAAAGUUGAUGAUUUCUUAAAAGAAAUUCAAUAUAUUAAUCCAAAUACAACAACACCAGUUGACCAACGAACUAGUGAUCGGCCUAUAAAUAUUGACAAAGAAAAUUCAGUUGUCCAAGAGGAUUCAUCACCUUGGCAAGAAUGUUUUGAUGAAUCAACAGGUUAUCCUUACUACUGGCAUAUUGAAACAAAUCAGGUUACCUGGGAAAUUCCAAAAGAACUUGAAUUGAGUAAAAAAAAAAUUGAUCAAGUUAAUUCACCACGUCCUGUAUUUGAUCCUCAACGUAAUUUUACAUCAAAAACAUAUCCACAAAUGCAAUCAAAUAUUCCAGAAGGUAUGAUACCAAAAGAAGUUGUUGCUAGAAAUAGAAAUAGACAAGUUAAUUUACCAAGUACAUCAAAAAUAACAUCAACAAAUGAUAAAGAUAAUAAAACAUUAAAUGACAGUAAAGAUGAUGAUAUUAAUGAUGGUAAAAUUGAAAUGAUAACAUCAUUUGGAAGUGAUGGAUCUGAUGAAUCAGAUGAAAGUGUUGAUGAUGAUGUUAAUUCCAAGGAAAAAAUAAUAUCAACAGUAUUACCAUGUACUACUGUUGAUUCAAAGCCUAAAAAACGUAAACGAAUGCAAAAAAUUGGACCUAAAUUACCAGAAAAUAACUAUGAUACAAUUGCAAAUGGACAUGAUGAUAAUCCAAAUGAACCAAGUAUUGAAAAUGAUGAAAAAAGUAAUGAAUCACUUGAACAAAAUGUUGAUGAUAAAGAACAUAAAUUUUCUCUUGUUCCUGGAUACGCUGAUGAUUCUGAUAACGAAGAUGAUCAUUCAAAUAAUAAACCAUCAUCACAACAACAACAGCAACAAGUAUCAACACUAUUUCCAAUUUCAAAUUAUCAAGAAAAAGAAUUAAAGACUUUUACAAAUAUAGAAAAGACUGAAUUACAACAAAAUAUUGACUCUGUAGAUUCUUGUUCUGCUGAUGAUAAUAAUUCAGGUACAAUUAAACCUGAAGAAUUAAAUGUUACCAAAGUUAAUAUAUUUUUGGAAAAUAAUGAAGCACCUGCUAAACGUUAUCAACGAAAACAACGAAUAGCAUUUGAUUUGAUGCCAAAUACAAAUAAAAUUACUGAAAAUGAAAAUAAUUGUCUUGAGCACAGUAACAGUAAUAGCAAUAGUAAUAGCAGUAUAAAUAAAUCAGAUUUAAUAAGAAGUAAUGAUGAAAGACUUGGUUUUGGUUUUCCAAAAAGACCAUCAACACCAGAUACCACCAACAACAAGCCUUCUAGCUCAAUUGAAGAACGUUCAACUGAUUCAUCAAUAGAUAAACAAGACUCCAGUAUAAAUUUCGUACGUGGUGAAACAAUAAAUAUUUCAAAAAAUAUAAAUUCUAAUAAUGAAGAAGAUGAUGAUGACGAUGAUGAUGAUGAUAAAAAUGAUGAAUCUGAUAGAAUUGAAACUAAAAAUGAAACAAAAAUGAUUCUUGAAAAAUUAAAAUUUUUAUCGGAAGGAUGUCAAGUUGCAUCAGCUGUUCAAGUUAUGACCAUUCAACUUCAGACAUUACUUGGUGCUUGGGAAUCUGGUGAUUUGAAAAAUCAAUAUCUGGACAAUUGGUUAAAGGGAACAAGCCAGGAACUUGGUCGAUUAGAAACAGCAGCAGCUCCAUCAGGCUGGGAAUGCAAGUGGGACAGGUCAUAUAAAAGGUACUUUUAUCGAAAUGAAAGCACUGGUGAGGUGCAAUGGAAUUAUCCAGAUGUCAUUGGUGGUGCUGAAGAAAUGGAACUAUGCACAACACCACCACCACAAGAUGAGGAAGCCUUUAUUGAUGAUAAAUCAUGCAGCAAUUUAAUGCAGCAAGAAGUGUCUGAAAAUACUGUUGAUAAAAAACAAGAUAAUAAAUUGACUAACGAGCUAGAAAAUUUGGUCAACAAACAAUUGGAUCACAACAAUAAAACAACACCAACAACAACAACAACAACAGAUAUGGAUACAAAUAAAGAUGAUAAUUGUGAUGUAAAAAAUGAUGGACUAGUUGCACCACCUCCACCACAAAUAUCAAGUCCAAGUCCUCCACCACCACCAAAAAUAUUUCCUGAUGAUUUAAAACAUGGAAAAAAAAGACGAGUUAAUGAAUUUGAUUCAUCUUCAAUGAUAUCAACAAAAAAAGAAAAAAUAUCAACAGAUGUUGAUCAAUCAUUGAGAGUUGAAGAAACAGUUAAAAAUAUACAACAGACACUAUCAUCACAUUCUCUAGUCGGACCAGUUCAUGCAGAGCCACUUCCACCAGGUGUUGAUUCACCUGAAAUAUCAUAUCCAUUAGCUGGUACACCACUUGAACAAACUGUUAUUUUUACAACAACACCACAUCAACAAACAAAUGCAUCAUUAUAUGCAGCUGCUGCUCUACAAGAUCCAACACUAAUGGGACAUCAUCAUCAGGCAUUAUUGCAAAGUCAACUUGUUCAUUAUCCUGCCUAUCAUCAACAUUUACACAAUCAAGCAAUAUUGGCAGCAGCAAAUCGAUUAAAUAAUCAAGAGACUGUUCAAUUUGUUUUGGAUUUUCCGAGGAUAUAUACUAAUACUCAAGUUAUUGCUAAACCUCCAAUGAAAACAAGCAACGAGACAAUGGGAUCAGCGCUGGAUUCAUUUUACAGUGAUAUUGCCUCGUUGGAAAGGCCUCCAAUUGAAGCCAAACCAGUUGAAGCAAUUAUUUACAAUACAAAUUUACCAGAUCGUCCACAGCCAGUAUCAACACCAACGUCUUUAACAUCAGAUAAUAAUGAUAAAAUUAUCAAUGAUGCUUUAACAAAAGAUAAAGAAAAAAAAAAGAAAAAAGCAAAAAUUGUCAUCAGCAAGAAACAUAAACAAGUCUCAAGCAUGGUGGCUAAAUGGCAAAAAGCCCAAAAUUAUGAAGAUAGUAGUUAAUUUGUAUAUGUAUUAUAACGUUAUUCUUAAUUUUCAUUUUUUUUUUGUUUUAAAUAUAAAAGUUCAAAAAAUUAAAUAAAUAGUCGUAAAAAGUU